CCUUAAAGAUGAGGCCCCUGCAGCCGACUGCUGAAUGGGACUCUGAAUGCCUUACCUCCCUGCAGCCCCUCCCUCUUCCCACGCCCCCGGCAGCAAGCGAGGCACCCCUGCAGACCGCAGCCAUCUCCCUGUGGACGGUGGUGGCCGCCGUGCAGGCCAUCGAGAGGAAGGUGGACGUUCACAGCCGGCGCCUCCUGCACCUGGAGGGGCGGACGGGGACGGCCGAGAAGAAGCUGGCCAGCUGCGAGAAGACGGUGGCGGAUCUUGGGAACCAGCUGGAGGGCAAGUGGGCCGUGCUGGGGACCCUGCUGCAGGAGUACGGGCUGCUGCAGAGGCGGCUGGAGAACUUGGAGAACCUGCUGAGAAACAGAAACUUCUGGAUCCUGCGCCUGCCACCGGGCAUCAAAGGGGAUAUCCCAAAGGUGCCUGUGACAUUUGAUGAUAUCUCCAUCUACUUUUCCACUCCAGAGUGGGAAAAACUAGAAGAGUGGCAGAAAGAACUGUACAAGAAUAUCAUGAAGGGCAACUACGAGUCUCUCAUCUCUAUGGAUUAUGCCAUGAAUCAGCCCGACGUCUUGUCUCAGAUUCAGCCGGAAGGAGAACAUAAUACAGAGGAGCCCGCGGGGCCAGAGGAAAGUGAGAUUCCCGCAGACCCCAGUGAAGAGCCUGGCAUCUCGACCUCAGAUAUUCUGUCUUGGAUCAAACAAGAGGAAGAACCCCAGGUUGGGGCCCCCCAGGAGGCCAAGGAGAGUGACAUGCACAAAGGCGCCUACGCCGAUGAGGAGCUUGUCAUCAAAGCUGAAGGCCUCCCCGGAGCCUCCCUGUGCCCGGAGGUCCCAGUCCCCUUCUCUUCUCCUCCACCAGCAGCAAAGGAUGCUUUUUCCGAUGUGGCUUUCAAAAGCCAGCCGUCUGCUUCCAUGGCACCUUUCGGACGCCCAGCUGCUGACCUGGCUGAAGCCUCUGAGGGACAAGUGACUUUCACCCAGCUGGGCAGCUACCCCCUGCCGCCUCCAGCCGGGGAGCAGGUGUUCUCAUGCCACCACUGUGGCAAGAGCCUCAGCCAAGACAUGCUUCUGACCCACCAGUGUGGCCACACAGGUGAGCACCCCUUGGCCUGCGCCCCGUGCCCGAAGCACUUUGCGCAGCAAGCCGACCUCAGCAGCAGCUCCCAGCCCCACGCCCCCGACACGCCCCCCACCUGCCCGCACUGCGCCAGAACUUUCACUCACCCGUCCCGGCUCACCUAUCACCUGCGGGUCCACAACAGCACCGAGCGCCCCUUCCCCUGCCCCGACUGCCCCAAGCGCUUCGCGGACCAGGCGCGGCUCACCAGCCACCGGCGGGCGCACGCCAGCGAGAGGCCGUUCCGCUGCGCUCAGUGCGGCCGCAGCUUCAGCCUCAAGAUCAGCCUCCUGCUGCACCAGCGGGGCCACGCGCAGGAGCGGCCCUUCUCCUGCCCCCAGUGCGGCAUUGACUUCAACGGCCACUCGGCCCUCAUCCGCCACCAAAUGAUCCACACGGGCGAGCGGCCCUACCCGUGCCCGGACUGCAGCAAGAGCUUCAUGCGCAAGGAGCACCUGCUGAACCACCGGCGGCUGCACACGGGCGAGCGGCCCUUCCAGUGCGCGCACUGCGGCAAGAGCUUCAUCCGCAAGCACCACCUCAUGAAGCACCAGCGCAUCCACACGGGCGAGCGGCCCUACCCCUGCGCCGCCUGCGGCCGCAGCUUCCGCUACAAGCAGACGCUCAAGGACCACCUGCGUUCGGGCCACGGCGGCGGCUGCGCGGGCGACGGCGACCCCUCCGCGCAGCCGCCUGACCCCCCGGGGCCGCUCCUACCCGGGCUCGAAACUGCGGGCCUCGGCGUUAACCCCGGAGGCUUAGAGACCAGUCAGUGGUACGGGGAAGGGAGCGGAGGUGGGGGGCUGUGAAUCUCGCUCCGUUCCAUGCCCGCCGGCCCCUCCGGCCCCUCCGACCUCUGCGCUGAUCGCUGUGCGGCUCGUCCAGGAGUUUGGAUCUGACACACUUGACUAGAGACACGCUGGAAUUUGGGACUCGACAGCGUUCCGAGAACACCACACUUCGAAACCCAGAAACACCUGGAGGGGGCCCAGCAUCCCGAUCGUUCCAAAGUAUUACCUAAGCAGAAGCUCUAUGAGAACGUUAGAGACCGUGUUGCAGACAGGUUAGAAAGCACGAUUUGUCCUCUGGUAAUCCAUCGCAGGGCCGUGAGGUGAUAAUGAUUGUGACUCUAGGUAGAGACAGGGCGUGGCCCGAGCCUCCGCAGUUCCAGGCCCAGCCUGCAGCUCGAGGAUGUGUCAUUGAACCUCUUAAUGCCUCGAUCGUGAGACGGGUUAGGAGAUGCCCAAUGCCGAUGCACUGCGUCUUCCGAAAUAAGCCCUCAAGACCGCCUUCCUAGGUUUCUCAGAUUAAUUUUCUAACACCUGCUGUUUAAUAUUGGGCGAGCAAGAAGUCUGACUUUAAAAGCUUGUACUUAAGGAGACCAAUUCCUAACGUUGAAUAGGUUGAUUUGAAGAGUUCAGGCUCUUACUGGCUUUUAACCUGCUGGGAACCUUUGUGGAGGUCCCCGUUCAAAAAGUGGGAGCUGUGUUCUCAGCCCUCGCUUUAAAAUCUAGAGAGCGCAGAGAAAUGGCAGAACAGCCUAAAAUUUGUUUCUGAGCCAUGGCAAAUUUAUGUCAAGUUUUUUCCUUAUUUGCGAGCUAAUAAGCUGAUUUUUCCAUUCCUGGUGUCUCAUCUUCUUGACAGUCAUCAGCAGAAAAGAUCACAGCACUUUCCAGAAGCGUUACGGCGUUUCAGAAAGUGCCAGUGACCCCCAGCUCCCCUUUCCUCAGAGUGAGAUGAUGGUGCUGCACUGCAGCCUUCUCACAGCGCCACGUAUGCUGGCCCCUCCUGACUCUCCCCAUUGGCAGGGGGCAGUGGGGGGGCUUUGGGGGCCCCUGAGCACCGCGCACAGACAGGGACAGCCCCUUCCUGCCUGCUGUGCUUUUAGGGACCUUGGCUCCUGUGUGUUCGAGAUCAUUCAGUCAGAGGAGAGCAUCUGAGAGUGGUCCUGCUCCUAAGUGGCUUUGCAGUGGGACCUAAGUCCCUUUCCCUGUACAGAUUGCAAACCUUCAUCUGCAAAGUGAGGCUGGUGGAAGGAGAAAAGGGAACCUCUAGAAAUCAACAAAACAAAGCUUGUGAUUCAUUUCUUCUGCCAAAAUUCUGCUUCUAACCCUGGCUUUUCUCCAGGCAAAGCCAAAUAAGACCCCCAAAUCCAAGCAAAGUCGUUCUUGUUGAAACCUGACUGAACUCGAUCUGUUUUACUCCAGUGGGGAGCCUGAUGUGGGGGAGACUGCCCUAAGUCUUGGGCUGUAAAGCUGUUUAUUCCUACCUUCUCGUUUCCCCCUGAAUCUUUGUCAGAUGCCUGGAAGCAAGGUCUGCACAUACUUAGGACAAGUUCCUUGAUGAAAUGAUAAGGGACCGGGCCCAUUUUUUCCUUAUCACCUAGCCCAACCUUCAUCCGGCCUAGCUAUGCAUAAACACACUAGGGGAAAGGUUUUGCCCUGGCUAGCUUUGCUCCUGGGAAGGCUCUGUCUGAACAGGCGGAUAUAUAGGAUAAUUGCAUUUAUGAAACAUCGGCUCUGUGACAGUCACAAUACCAGGGAUCACGGGAGACCUAAGAAAUGUGUGACCUGCCCGUAACUUACGGUCUGAAGGUGCUGAGAAGAUCCAGUGCAGAAUGCACCAGGACUACUAAUAAGCAGAACCUCAGCGUAGUGGGCUUAGCGCUUUCUAGCUAGAAUCCAGACCAACACAGUGGGUGAAUGUGGGGGCUCUGAGACCCCAAGCCAGGGCUCCAGCUUCACUGGUGACCUCUGGUUUGCACCUUGGUCGCCUUGCUAAAGGGGAGAAGAAUCAAAGUACUGUCUUUAGGGGAUAGGUUCCCUUUUCUGGAAGGAUUUGAACAUUUGCCAGGGUGUGCUAGAAAGGGAUUCCUACAUCACGUGUGAUGCUGGUCUAGACAACAUCAGAAACUCUUCUACUCCCAAGAUUUAAUGAGGGCACAGAGCUUGUUAAUGAAAGAGACCCGUGGGUUAAAAUGCUGCACAUACAUCCCACAGUCCUUUCUGGAAGGCACUGUAGUCAGCAGGGACCCAAACUUGGGCAAGAAGUUGAACACGGUUCAGAUGCCAUGGCAACAGCUGAAUCGUAGGGAAUGGGCAAGACCAGAAAGAUGGAGGUCGGUGUUCUAACCCUCAGCCCCGCACACGGCAGGGGUUUUCGAGUGUGCGCUCUGGUCUCCUUUCCCUGCCCCGAUCCUCUACCAGGCAGAGCUCCAGGCCAGCUCUAAAGUUGGUUUGCUUAAGACUCCUGAGUGGCUAAAUAAACGCAUCCGUGGGAAAAUUAAGUCCUAGCAGAAAGGUUUCGGCGUGUGGAGAAACUCGGUCCAUCGAGGGCUCUUGAGAGAGACCAUUUCACGGCAGCGGAAGUGGCUGAGGAUGGGUUGUCAUGACCAGACAAGAUGGGAAAGAGGAGACCCCGGCCGUGUGCCCCCCAUCAGUCUGGCCCUGGGCUAAGAAGUCUAUCACACACACAAAUAGGCAUAUCUCCUUGGAGUAGCUCCAGAUAUUGACUAUAACCAGAUUCACUCUUUGCUUACCAAGUUUUCCAUUGUCACCAUUAGAUGAGCCUCUGUUUCAGCCACAGAUGUGAAAAUAAAUGGAAGUUGAUUGCUUGUCUAGAAAGCGAAA